AUGCCUUUUUGCAAGCGGACGAUACUUCCGAAAGAUGUGUGCAAGACCGAUGGUAGGAGCUUGCCAACGGAGGUUUUCGGGGACUUGGCGGACGUGUGUGGCUUCACCUUGUCCUCGGUGCUCCGGCAGCUCUCGGAUCUGUCCCGGCACUCGGUGAGCAUCCUGGAGGAGCUGGAGGGAGAGCUGGUGUCCGUGUGCCACCGCUCAGGAGCGCUGCAGGGCAGACUGGUCCGGCUGCAGAGGCACGUAGCGGAGCUGGUCAGCAAACCUCCACCGAGAACCACCAGCGGACUAGAGGCGGAGAGCAGCAGGCGUGGCGGCAGCAGCAACAGCAGCCACGGCGACGGCAUCCACAGCGGCGGCGGAGGAGGAGGCAGCAGCAGCAGCAGUGGCGGCGCGGCCCACUUCAGGUCUCCAUGGCAACAGAGCGUGAACGUGUUCGGCUCGUGGAGCAGGCCUGAGUGUGUCGAGGAGCUGCACCAGCAGGCGCAGCUCAACCUCCAGAGCCUGCUGCAAGACUUUGAGGAGCAGUUGUACGACACCAAGCUGACCGGUCAGACGUUCCGACACCCGUCCUCGCAGAGCUCCGACGACACGUCCACCUCGCUCAGCCGAUCGCCCAUCUCCCUCGGCAACAAGAGGCCUGACUUCAUCUUCCUGCCGGCGUCCAAACAGCUGUACGAUGAUGAGACCGCCUCCUCAGUAUUCGGACUGAGGUCUGUGACCGACCCGUCUCCCUCCCCGUCCCCGUCCCCCUGCGGCUCAGAUCGCCCCCCGCUGGGCUGGAGUAGUAACAACAGCAGCUGCAGCACCGCCACCUCCGCUACCACCGGACCGCCCAUCGCAGAGAAACCCCGCUGGCACCUGGGUAGACGCACACCGGGACAUUUCAUACCGCUGGACGUCACAGGAGGAGGAGGAGGAGGGAAAUUCCACGGUGUUGACCUGCUGCAGCACUCCCCGUCCCCAUCCCCCUCUCCAGGGGAGCCCUUCCCCCACCAGCCCCGCUCCCUGGAGCCCAUCACCGAUACCCCCCACCAGAACCUGCCCCUGAGGAAGACACACUCUGACCUCGACGCAACCUUACCUGCAGAUAACAGUUUGGAGCAUCGCCCCCCGGUCCAGCUUCACCCAGGAACGAUGGACCACUCUGGGCUGCUGUGCUCCAACACACCCUCCUCUUCCUGGAACGGACCUAAAGGCUCCACCUUUUCUCCCGGAGCAUGGAACGAGCCUUACAAUUACAGCAUGAAUAAAGGCCCCGCGGUUCCUCCCAAACAGCACAGCGUCAUCGGUAACGCAGGAGGGACGCAGGACGGGGUGAUGGUAGUGGGCUCGGGACAGUCUGCCAGCUCACAUUCCAGUUCGUUCAUGCCGGUGGAUCAUUCUGGGAGAAGAGGGAAUAACAUACCGGGGAUUUCUCUGGCGGCGGCCAUGAUGGAGAAGCGGAGUGAAACAGAAGGAGCUGCUGCAGACGGAGGGAGAGGAGGAGGAGGAGGAGAAGGAGAAGGAGGAGGGGGAUAUGGAGAGAGUGGGAGAGGAAGGGAGAGGUCAGCGCGAUCCAUAGCGGCGGCGAAUGCGUUCAAGUUCCGUGAGCGUUCCCUUUCCACGCCCACGGAUUCUGGUUCCUUCUGUUUUACCGAAGGUGGAUUAGGCCAACCGGACGUCACAGCCACAGGGAACGGGAACGGUAUGACGAUAACGGACCACCAACAGCAACACCAUCACUUCCUGGGUUUGGGUGAGAACUACGCCCUCCUCUACCCGAGAGGGAGCUCCGAAGACAGCGCGAGUACCACCGACACGAUCUCCGUCACAGCUUCUGACUACAGCACAGAAGGCCGCUUGCGUCUGCGUUCUCGCUCCAUAUCGCUCAAGAAAUCCAAGCGCAAGCCACCGCCUCCCGUGAGGAGCGUCUCUCUAAUGAAGAACCUCGGAGAAGCCGAGGGGAGGAUCCACCAUGAAGGCAGUCUUUACCGGGGCGGACGGCCGAAGAGCCUGCACAUCCCCAGGGACCACUUCCCAGACUUCCAGCCCGAUUUCCUCAUACCCAACUCAUCCUGCUCUUCUAAAGCGAGUGUCCGUGAGGUGGAGAUGGGCCAGGGAGGCAGUGAUGGACCUCCAAGCCUGGAGGUGCAAGCACCAGAGAGGGAGGGAGAGACAGAGCUGACCUUCCCUACUCACUGGCAGCUGGGGGAGUGGAAGAGCAACGAUCCCUACAGGUCUCUAUCAGGCUCCAGCACAGCAACAGGUACCACAGUGAUUGAAUGUAUGAAAGUCAGAGGCAGCUCAGAGUCGCUGCUGGACUCACCCUCCACCUCCAGAGCCACGUCACCUUCACAGCUCUCCAUGGAAACUGACAUCAAGGCUUCUUCUCCCUUCAAACCCCCAGGACUUAUGUCCCCAUCAAGUGGUUAUUCCAGUCAGUCAGAGACUCCUACCCCAACUGUUCCAGUCAGUCACGUGGCAGGUCCAGGGACAAUGGGUACGUUAGGGAUGUCAGGGUGUAAGAUGCGCCCAAAGAUCCCAGAAAGAAAAUCAUCGCUACCAUCACCCAAGGACCCUACUGCGAGGUCUAGGUUGUCCUUUGAAAUGCCUGGGAACGCACAUCUGGAGCUUUCGUCAAUCAAGCCAAAGCAAAAGGCCAGCAGACGACAUUCUGACACCUCCACAGCCGCAAAACCCGGAAAAAUCAGCCCAAGUUCUUCACAGGCGUUACCCGUGGUUACCCAGAAUGAGCUAAAGACUAUUCGGCUUCGCUCUGUAUCUCGUGGUGACCUAGAAGACUGCCCUGAUGGGGCAUCUGAUACCAUUGAAGAAGAACAGCAUGGCCAAGAUCUAGGCGAGGACCCCAGUCCACCACCCACUCUACCAAAACCCAAACCCCCUGUCGCUGUUAAGCCCCCCUUGCCCAAGCGGCCCUUAAAUCUCCUCCUUAAGUCUUCUUCCCCUUCGUCCACUUCCCCUCUUGCACUCGACUCACCUCCUGCCUCACCUGUAGACCGUCCGGUGCCCCUGGGCAACAUUUACAAAGUCAUGAGAAAACCCAAACCCAAAAAGCCUCCGCCACAAACUGCUACAAGUCCCUCAGGAUUCCCAGAUUUAAACUCCACCACUGCCCCACAAACCUAUGAUCAUCCAUUCCUUCCACACUCGCAGUCCCUCUUUGAUCUCCCUCCUCUCCCAGACCCCCAGCCUCUCCUAGAAGACCCAGUGUUAGAGCCUGAGUUUGAUGCUGACCCAGAGGUCGAACUUGGGCCUACAGAGGGAGGCUCACUGCCAUCUCCGUGCAGUAACCAGGAAGUCCCGGAGCUCCAGGACAAGAGCAAGACCCUCCCCUCAAGGAUGACAAUCUCCUGUCUUGCAGAGCUGUCAGAAAAAAAGAAACCCAAGGUUCCACCCCCAGUCCCCAAGAAGCCCAACGUUUUGCUUCUUCCCUCAUCGGUCCAUUCCUCCACCAACGGCAGCACGGACCGUCAGACGCCACAGACCGACAGCCCCGUGGGCCUUCGGUCUCCUGUUGGAGCUUUCCCACCAGAAGAUAUUCCAACUACAACUCCCAAUGUCCCUGAAAUGCCAGAGCAAGAUGAGAAUCACUUUGGAACAGACGAAGACAGUUCAAAAGAGUCAUCGCUUCAUUCAUCUCUGCAGGAUUCCUCCUUCACAGAGCUGGAAGUGAAGAUGGCCAGCAUUGGGAUCGGGGCAGAUGACUCAGCAGCCAAUGAGAAGAUGGUACUCCACAUCGCUGAGGAAACAGAUGACGACGUGUUGGCCACCACGCCCACAACACACACCACUGAAGACCUGUUCACUAUUAUACACAGGUCCAAGCGGAAGGUUCUUGGUCGCAAAGAGCCGACGGACUCCUUCGGCAGCCGUCAGAGCCUGGUGUCCCCAGUGAAGCACAGCACCAGUGGUGGCGACAUCCGAAAUCUCACUUUGGGAAGCAGCCAGAGGUCGAGCUCCCGCAAUGAGAACUUCAUGGCCCUGCUUCAGAAGAAAGGCAGCAAGUCUUCCAGCGGAGGGGCUAGGGUCUCCGCCAUGGAACUUCUCAAAAGCACAAACCCUCUGGCACGACGCGUCACAGAGUUUUCAACCACCACGUCUGAGGGAGGAGAGGCGGCAUCCGGCAACGGCAAACCCAACGAUCAGUGAACUGACUUAUUGUAAAAGGAGGUUAACAAAGCUGUUGACAAAGCUACCAACCAAUUCUACAAUCUGCCACCCACUGGGGAC